AUGCCCCGUCUCACUGAAUUCCGGCUGCUUCCGAUCCCAACACCUAAGACGUUCAAGGUGGAGUUAUUAGAAGGGUGGUUGCAAAUGUGGCCCGAGCAGGAUGUUCUAUGGCCUGACCAGGACAAGAAGGAGCUUCAGUUGGACGAAGAUGAUGAGAUGCAGUUGAAAUUAGCCGAACAAGCACGCGGAGAUACCUUGCAGAGCUGGAUGUGGUGGGCAUGGCUCAAUCUGAGACGCGCUCGUACGAUGUAUGGUUGUUCAGGAUGCUGUGGGACUCCUGAUGGACGUUGCGUCAAGUACCCCAAUGGCCCACUGUCUCUAGAUCUGUGGUAA